AGUCGCAGCAUAUGUUAUCUACACUACAUGACCAAAAGUAUGUGGACACCUGCUCGUCAAACAUCUCAUUCCAAAAUCAUGGGAUAUUUAAUAUGGAAUUGGUCCCCCUUUUGCUGCUAUAACAGCCUCCACUCUUCUGGGAAGGCUUUCCACUAGAUGUUGGAACAUUUAGCUGCAGGGACUUGCUUCCAUUCAGCCACAACAGCAUUAGUGAGGUCAGGAACUGAUUUUGGGCGAUUAGGCCUGGCUCGCAGUCAGCUUUCCAAUUCAUCCCAAAGGUGUUCAAUGGGGUUGAGGUCAAGGCUCUGUGCAGGCCAGUCAAGUUCUUCCACACCGAUCUCGACAAACCAUUUCUGUAUGGACCUCGCUUUGAUCAUAGGGGCAUUGUCAUGAAACAGGAAAAAGCCUUUCACAAAGUUGGAAGCACAGAAUUGGCUAGAAUGUCAUUGUACGCUGUAGCGUUAAGAUUCAACUUCACUAGAACUAAGGGCCUAGCCCGAACCACGAAAACAGACCAGACUAUUGUUCCUCCACCACUAAACUUUACAGUUGACACUAUGCAUUGGGGCAGGUAGUAUUCUCCUGGCAAACCUAGAUUUGUCGUCGGACUGCCAGAUGGUGACACAUCACUCUAGAGAACACGUUUCUACUGUGCCAGAGUCCAAUUGCUGCGAGUUUUACACCACUCCAGCCGACGCUUGGCAUUGGCAGUCCCGUUCUGUGAGCUUGUGUAGCCUACCACUUAGCGGCUGACUCGUUGUUGCUCCUAGGCGUUUCCACUUCACAAUAACAGCAUUUAUAGUUGCCCGGGGCAGCUCUAGCAGGGCAGAAAUUUGACGUACUGUCUUGUUGGAAAGGUGGCGUCUCAUGCCGGUCAGAGUUCUUCGGUAAGGCCAUUCUACUGCCAACGUUUGUCUAUGGAGAUUGUAUGGCUUUGUGCUCAAUGUUCUACACCUGUCAGCAUUUGGUGUGGCUGAAAUAGCCCCCCCUCCACUCAUUUGAAGGGGUGUCCACAUACUUUUGUGUGUCUAUAGUGCACCUUCUCCUCCAUAUCUUCCCCUCCAUCUCUCCCUCUCUCUCUCUGUUUUCUUCCAUACCAAAGUAAUUUCUCGUUAGAUGAUGCCAUUCUAACUCUAAAUUCAUCUCUCAUCCUAUAUAUGUCUCUUAUUUUCUCGGCACGCUGCAUUACCCAAUGCACCUAAUGUAAAAAACAGGACCGCAUCGAAGAGCUGAAGCGCUUCAUCGAGAAGCACCGGUACCACAUCCGGAUGCUGGAGACCAUCCUGCGCAUGCUGGACAACGACACUUUGCCGGUGGACUCCAUCCGCAAGAUCAAGGACGACGUGGAGUACUACAUGGACUCGUCGCAGGACCCCGACUUCGAGGAGAACGAGUUCCUCUACGACGACCUGGAUCUGGAGGAGCUCCCUACCUCUCCCUCUGUCUCCCCCCAUCCAUCUCUUGUGUCUCUAGCCGGGUCGCUGGUGGCCACGUCCCCGCCGGGCCAAUCGCUCCUGGACGACGAUCUCUUCCAUCAGAUCUCUAGCGGCACGCCUACCUCCACCACUUCCUCCUCGCCCAUUCCCGCCACGUACACUACGGAGAACUCUGAAGAUGACAAGAAAAGGGGACGUUCGACAGACAGUGAAAUCAGUCAGUCACCUGUCAAGAAUGGCAACCCCUCUUCGUCGUUGUCUUCAUCGUCCUCAUCCUCCUCGUCCUCCUCUUCAUCAUCUGCCUCUGGCGCCUCCUCGGGAGCAGCCUCUUCCUCGCUGGUCUCUAUGGUGAACAUCACCGGAGGUGGCCAGGCCAACGCUGUGGGCAACAACAACAGCCUUCUGGGCAACAUGGGUGGUCUCCUCUCCAACUCUGGCAGCUACAGCGACGCUACCCAGCAGCAACUUCAGCAGCAUCACCAAACGCAGCAGGCCAGAAACUCAAUCCUCUCCUCCAGCCCGUCGAACAACAUCCUUCUCCCCAGCCCCUCUGCCUCCUCGCCCGCCAUCUCUAGCACAGCCCUCACACCCAACACCCAGCCGCAGGCUCCGUCAAGGCCCUCUCCGGGCUCCACCUUGGGGCUAGGGUUGGGCUUGGGCCUUGGUAAAGGCGGCAUGAGUGGGUCACCGGCUGUCAGCCAGAUGUCGGGCCUUGGCCUGUCAGGGAUGCCGGCGUCCUUAAACACCAUGGCCGGACUCCUGGCGGGCUCCACUUCGGCCCCCUACGCCAUGGCAGCAGCGGGCUCCGGGACCAUAGGAAGCCCCCUUGCAGGGAAAAUCAGCAGCCUGAGCACUAGCAGCACUAACUCCAGCGCAGUGGGACCGUUGAGUGGAUUCAGCGACAGGUCCACGGGCCUUUUGGGCUCUGUGCCCGGUGCAGUUGGUGUCAGUGGUGGGAUCCUAGGCCUUGGCUCAGGACAGUCGACAGUCCAGGGCCCUCCACUGGUGUCCCCCAGUCCCAUAGGAGGGGGCCUGGCCCCUGGAAGCAGCCUGGGAGCUAUAGGAAGCAUUGGAGGGAACUCUGGAUCAGGAGCGCCAAACAGCUUGGGCAUCGGAGGAGGAAAUGCGGCGAUCGCAAGGCCACCCAGUGGACAGAAGCAGAAUGGUAGCACUAGUUACAGUGCUGUAGUAGCAGACAGCACACCAGAUUCUGCCCUCAACAUUGCCAGCCAAUUACAAAGCAGCCAACCCUCGUCUUUGAUCUCCACCACCAAUCAGCUUAAAGACAGUGGCCCCAGCCUUUUAGGGUCCAUGACCCUACCCACCAGCACUCCCUCGCCAUCCUACAUUGAGAGUAAACCUUCAGGCAGCAGUAUGCUCAACGGGCCGCUCUCCUACACACAGGCCUCUGAAAGCAUGAAGCCCCAGGAGCCUCUGAGCACUGUGAAGUCCAUGGCCGAACAAGCGGCACUGGGCUCAGCAAUGGAGGGAGAGUUGCCCCCUCUGCACCUCACCACAGACAUUUUCCCCAGCACUACAGCGCCUCCAGGGCCUCCCUCGGCCCCCCAGCAGCCCUCGCUCUCGGAGGUCAGCAUCCCCCCAUCGCUGGGUGUGUGCCCGCUGGGGCCCGUACCCCUGUCCAAAGACCAGCUGUACCAGCAGGCCAUGCAGGAGUCGGCCUGGACGCACAUGCCCCACCCCUCCGACUCAGAGCGGAUCAGGCAGUACCUGAUGAGGAACCCGUGUCCCACCCUGCCUUUCCACAACCAGGUGCCACCCCCCCACUCCGACUCUGUGGAGUUCUACCAGAGACUGUCCACGGAGACACUGUUCUUCAUAUUCUACUACCUAGAGGGCACCAAGGCCCAGUAUCUGGCAGCCAAGGCCUUGAAGAAGCAGUCGUGGCGGUUCCACACCAAGUACAUGAUGUGGUUCCAGAGGCACGAGGAGCCCAAGACCAUCACAGAUGAGUUUGAGCAGGGGACGUACAUUUACUUCGACUACGAGAAGUGGGGACAACGGAAGAAGGAAGGAUUCACGUUUGAGUACAGGUACCUUGAAGACCGAGACCUCCAGUGACAUAAGGCGAAUAAAAGAAGGGUGGACUACUGUCGACAUUCCUGGAUUGAACUCCAACACACUGGGAAGAGGGACGGAUGCAGACGCGAGACUGAGCCAGUCUGAGAACAACAUAAUGCAUUUGGAGCUCCUCCCUCUUUGCCUUGCGACGCCACACCCCUACAGUGAUAAACCCCUCCCUCUUUUCCCAUCAGGCCGUUUUUGAUUUAGAUUGAAGCUUUUAAUCUCUGAACUGGAUCCCUUUCUUUUUUUUUUUUUUUGGCAGAUAAGAAAUCAUGAUUUCAUAUGUUUGGUUGAUAACGCAGUCUGUAUUGUUUUUUUUUUCUUCAAAACUCACCUACCACUCAUUGACAACCAAAGAUGAUUGGUCAAAUCCGUCUUAAUUCUCAGCAGUAUGGCAGUCCAAUUUAAUUAAUAAAUAAAUAAAUAAAAAUGUUUAAAAAAAAGUGACAAGGCACAGAGAAAGGCCAAUCAAAUGAGACCUUGGGGGAUGUUGGGUCCGGGGUGGUUCCAAAGCGUUUCACAGCAGUCAGGUCAUCGCUGGGUUGUACACAAGCUAAAGACUAGAUGGGGAAACGGUAGCAUUUCCAUGGGGUGACUCCAUGUUUUAUCCAGAAUGAAUACGCUCUUCAGGGUCACCAGCCCCGCCCUAAUACUAAACUAAUAGCUGCCUCUUGGGUACACUCAGCAUUGACCACACUGCCAUAAAGACUGCUGUAGUACAACAUGGUAACCAAUUAAUUCUUGUCCCACGUUACAACAUUACGUUUAUAUUGCUGUGGUCAACGGCAACAGAAACCACACCAGCACUGAAGUGUCUCGUCUGUAGAGAAAGUUUACAGGUGUUUUUCACCCCAGAGGCGGGCUUUUACAAUAAAACGCAAGACUGCCCUAGUAAUAACAAGUCAUUAUUUUUGUUCCCGUCACUUUGAUGAUAAUGUACAAAUCAAUUGUGAUUGCACUUCCAAAUUCACUUCAACCACCAGGUAGAUAUUUCCUUUUCUCAGGAAGUGUUUGAUGGAUCAUUAUGUGAGGAAAUGUACCGCGUCAGAAGCUCCAUCAUAGCAGCACAAAAAAAAAAACACAAAUCAGACUGACACCUCCGGGCAAUUUUGUUUUGUCUGCCCCAAUAAGGCUUUCUAUUCCCAUUUAAUGGCCAUUUGUUUCAUUUCUAUAAGGCUUUUUAAAAAUAGUAUCCUCCAAUGUUUGGAGUGCAAUCUUAAGUUUGUCAUUUUCAUUUGCCUGUGUCGUCUCAGAGAUGGAAAGCGUUUAAAUUCUAAGGAGUUGAGACCCUUUUAUUUUAUAUUUUUAAAGAAAAUAACUUGUCGGAGCACCAUUCACUGACAAGCCUGAUGUUUUUAAUGUUAUCUUUACCUAUUGGGUGAGCGGAAGGGAAGAGAAGUCAUCCAGAGGUGAAAUGUGAAUCUCUCCCCCUCUGAAAGGGUGUUGUAUAGACUGUCACGUUCAUCCUUUCCGUUUUGUCGUUGUCUUCUGGACAGCAUGACACUUGCAAAGUGGAGCUGAGAAAAUUAAGUAAAUAUGAAGCAUAACCAUGAAUAAAGGAUUGUAAAAUAUUAAUAAAAUAAUUACUUUUCAGAA